UGACGUCACGGAAGGGAGGGUGUCGUGGUGGUGUGUCAUGACGGAACGCACGUCUGAGUAGAAAGCGGUGCUGUGAGGAUGGUGGAUGCGGUGGAAGAUGAGACAGCCUUCUACUCCAAGGCAGAGCGCUACUGGCAGGAAGUCCCGCCCACGGUGGAUGGCAUGCUGGGAGGGUAUGGCAGCAUCUCCAGCAUAGACAUCAAUGGUUCCAAAAAGUUUCUGCAAAGAUUCCUGGGUGAUGGCAAGGGAAAGACGGGUACGAGCUGUGCCCUGGACUGCGGUGCGGGUAUCGGACGCAUCACCAAGCGCCUGCUGCUGCCGCUGUUCCGCACUGUGGACCUGGUAGAUGUGACCCAGGAGUUCCUGGACAAAGCCAAGACCUACUUGGGUGAGGAGGGCAAGAGGGUGGAGAACUACUUCUGCUGUGGCCUGCAGGACUUUGAGCCAGAGCCAGGCCGCUAUGACGUGAUCUGGAUCCAGUGGGUCAUCGGGCACCUGACUGAUGACCACCUGAUGAGGUUCCUGCAGCGCUGCCAGAAAGGCUUGCGACCUGACGGUCUCAUCGUAGUGAAGGACAACGUGGCAUACGAGGGUGUGGUGUUGGACGAGGUGGACAGCAGCGUGUGCCGCGAAUUGGCGCUGGUGCGCGACCUGGUAUGCAAGGCGGGUCUGCGUGUGCUGCACGAGGAGCGCCAGGAGAACUUCCCCGAUGAGAUCUACCAGGUGUACACGCUGGCGCUCAGAUAGAGCGGCACAGCACACGCGUGUACAUUCUCUGUGGUCCAACUGCAGGUGUUGUCAUGCUACAGCAGCUGCGACCGCUUCCCUCACACAGGACUUGCCUGCAAAACUCAGAUGAUUGUUGUUGUUAUUAGUAGCCUUUUUUUUUUAUAUAUUUGCACAUCAGGCAAUGGGUGGUUGAUUACAAACGGCCCUUAGUCCGUCCAGAAGGCCCCAAAUUGGGGAUCGAGCAAAUCCACACACCAUCAUCAACCACCGGCAUGUGAUGUUACCCUGUGGGUUCAUUUUAUAGCUGCUCCAGGGCAUGGCUUUGGACUUGGUCGGCAGGAUGAUGCGGUUAUGCCAUCGUGUCUGGGUUUAGGGAACUCAACUUGAUUCCAUGGUAUCAUUUCAAUGAUGGAUGUGUCUCAAACGUGAACUUUUAUCACAACUUUUCAGCCAAGUUGCCAUGUGAAUGUAAAAAUAUAACGACAUGAAGCAUCAAAAAUGCUUGAUGGCUUUCUUUUCAAGACAGUGAUCUGGAUGAAAAAAUGUUGGGCUCUACUGCCACCUCCUGGUACCCUGUUUCUUUAUUGCUGUAAACAAAAUGUUUACAGGUUUCUCCUACUUAGCUGAUUGGUUCUGUGAAAUGAUCAUGCUAAGUGAGGCACUGGUAUAGAGAUCAAAUCAGGGGAAAAAAGUGUUUACAACUAACACUUAAAACCUUUAAUGCCAAACUAAAGAUAAUGGUUACAAUAAAAUGAGUAUGUCUGCUUGUUUUGUGACAGUUACUGCACAGUGCAAAUUUAUUUGCAUUUUGAAACAGUACAACUGAUGUCCAGGACACUCUAAUCACAGUGAGCCAAAAUGAGUAGUAGUAAAAUUAGCCCAAACUGUCUUGAAAUCCAGCAAUAAAAUGGCUUUGGAUGUAGUUCUAGGACCUCUAGAUGUCCAACCCUCACCCUCAGCCAUUGGUUUCAUUAAAAACUACAGACUAUGCUCUGUAAG